ACCUGGACCACCUGCCCCCCUCCCCCCCACGACCCACCUGGACCACCGGGACGCCGACCCACCUGGACCACCCGGAUCACCCGACAUGGACGCGCGGAGCCCCAAAGCCCCGGGCGGGGACGCGCUGCGGGACGCGGCAGAAAACCUAUUUCAGGAACUUCAAGAACAUUUUCAAGCUCUAACUGCAACUCUGAACCUCAGAAUGGAAGAAAUGGGAAAUCGCAUCGAAGAUUUACAGAAGAAUGUGAAUGACUUAAUGGUGCAAGCUGGGAUUGAGAAUUCUAUUAAAGAACAAAUGACCUGAAGACUUGAAAAUAUGAUAAAGUCAAAGUUGUACUUUUUGAAUGACAAUUUGCAUAGCAUGUGUUCUGGUUUUUACUAUUUAAUUGAAAAAUUCAUUUUAAUGAAGUGAAAGAUUAAAAGAACAAUGCAAUAAGAACAUAGUUUAGAAGGCGAUUAACCACUUGACCCAGAUGGUUCUAAAAUGGCAGAACAUCUUUCAACGCAUACCUAGUAUUUACAAGUCAUGGGAGGGAAGCAUAAGCUAUAUCAGGUCAGCUCUUUUUCCUGAAUUAAGUUCUAGAUAGAUCUUUUUACAAAAAUCAUAAGCUGUUUUGUGAUUGAGAUUUCUUUUUCAAUACGUGCAUUCCAACUCAGCUUUCCCAGUCCUAUGGUUCUCUGUCUAGUCCAAACACAUUCUGAUAGCAAAGUUCUCCAAACCAAACAAAACCCAGGAAAACAGCCCGCCUCGUCCCAGGUCACCCUUGCCCACUCUGCUCCUAAGGAGGUGUCACCGAGAAGAAGCACAAAGAUCACAGUUCAGCUUAUUUUGUAGGUUAUAUAGAGACGUUUUCAAAUAAUUAUCCAAUUUGCCUCUCUGAGCCAAAGUAAAGCAGAACAGGGUCGGUAAUAGGCUCUCAUUGUAAAAAUACCACGAUUCCUGCAUAUGAGAUAGAUUUUAUUCUUCAUACAAAAGUCAAAAACACCCAUAAUUCUACAGUUUAAAUUGAAUUAGCCACUGUAAACAUUUUUCUGUACGUACAAUUCUAUAUAUGGUUGAUGAUGUUGUUUAUAAUCUCAUAUCCUGUUCUCUUCAUAUCAUAAACAUUUUUCCAUCUGAAAAUUUCACACACUUCUUAUAUUUUUUUUUUUAUGGCUGACUACUAUUCUAUCAUAUGGAUGUAAUAAUUUAACCAUUUCCUUGACUGUUCCUUGGACAUUGACGGUAUUUCCCACCAUCUUGCUACUAUAAAUAAUGCUGUAAGGAACACUGUUACCGUGAAUUCUCUGCAUGUUUCAUUAGGGUCAGAAGUGUGACUGAAGACCGAGUACAUUAGUCAAAUGCAUUUAAGAAAUGAAGCAUCAUUUUAUACUCCCAA